CUGGCUGCUGGCAGACGCCCGAGGUGGCGCGACGGAGCCUGAGUGGGUGUGGGGGUUUUGCCUCAGGAGCCGGAUAUUUCUCUGUAUAUGACUUGAUCAGUUUGUUCAUGAAGCUCUUCUGGUUGGGCAGUAUGUUCAUCUGAGAGCAAAUCUGUGCCUGGUUUAUGAUUGUGUUCAUCUGCAGUGUCUUUAUUUUAAAAAAAAAGUGCUCUGUUUUGGAAAAUGUGCUGUGAUUUAAAAAGGAGGUUUUUGCUCCUCUAUGCAACACAAAAGGGGCAGGCAAAAGCCAUAGCUGAGGAGAUAUGUCAGCAAGCAGGUACCCAUGGACUUGAAGCUGAUAUGCACUGUAUAAGUGAGAUGGACAAGUACAACCUGGAAACAGAAAAGGAUCCCGUGGUUAUUGUUAUUUCCACUACCGGUACCGGAGACCCACCUGACACAGCCCGCAAGUUUGUAAAGAAAAUUCAAGACAAAGCCUUGCCACCUGGUCAUUUUGCACAUCUCCAGUAUGGAUUACUAGGUCUGGGGGAUUCAGAGUACACAUUCUUUUGUAAUGGUGGAAAGACAGUAGACCGACGACUUCAAGAACUUGGUGCCCAGCACUUCUACGAGACAGGAUUAGCUGAUGACUGUGUGGGUUUGGAACUAGUGGUUGAUCCUUGGAUUGAUGGACUUUGGCUUGCCCUCAAGGAAGCAUUUGUAUUGCAGAAUAAAAAAGAAGGCAUGAACAGCAGUGAUAUUUCUAAUGCUCUCAGUGCAGCCCCAGUUCAUAUUGAGAAUGAACUAAACAUAAGCUCAGAAGUACAGAAGUUAAAGCUAGAAGAUGGAGUGAGGAGUUCUGAUCUGACACAGAAACUGGUUGACAUCCAUCUUGUGGCUUCAACUAGAGAUGCUGAGCCUUCACUUGUGCAUUCUAUCCCUCCUCUUUCUCAGUCUGCUCUUAAUAUUCCUGCCUUGCCGCCAGAAUAUAUAGAGGUGCAAUUUCAGGACACCCAUGGUGAGAAUCCUCACCUGUCAUCACUGAUUUCAGAGGGAACAGCCUUUGAAGUGCCGAUUACAAAAGCAGUUCAGCUCACUAGAGAAGAUGCAAUAAAAACUGCCUUGCUCUUAGAACUUGAUAUUGCAGACACAAUCUUUGACUACCAACCUGGAGAUGCCUUCUGUGUAAUAUGUCCUAACAACGUCAGUGAAGUAGAAGAACUUCUUCAAAUCUUGGGACUUUCUGAUAAAGGAGAGAACUUCGUUUGUGUAAAGGUUAAGCAAGGCACUAAAAAGAAAGGAGCAACUCAUCCACAACACAUCCCUGAAAGAAGCACUCUGAAGUUCCUUCUAACUUGGUGUCUAGAAAUAAGAGCAGUUCCCAAAAAGGCAUUUUUGCGAGCUCUUGUAGAGUGUACCGGUGAUGCAGGAGAAAAACGAAGACUUCAAGAGCUUUGUAGUAGACAAGGAGCCUCUGAUUACACACAAUUCAUUAGAGACUCUAAUGUUUGCUUGCUGGAUUUACUUCAUGCUUUCCCAAGCUGCAAGCCUUCAUUUAACCUGUUAAUUGAACAUCUUCCAAAACUACAAGCCAGAUCCUAUUCAGUUUCAAGUUCAAACUUAUAUCAACCAGGAAGACUGUGUUUUGUGUUCAAUAUUGUGGAGUUUCCUGCCUGUCCCACUAGACCAGUCGCACGGAAAGGAGUGUGUACUGGCUGGCUUGCUGAGUUAGUUGCACCUCUACUGCACCCCAAUAAAAACACUCUAGAUACAAAAGGAAUAAGCACUUCAACUGAAAAGAUAUCUAUUUUUUCUCGUCCAAACAAUACUUUCCACUUACCUGCAGACCCAUCUGUUCCGUUUGUGAUGGUUGGUCCAGGAACAGGAAUAUCACCAUUUAUUGGUUUCCUGCAACAUAGGCAAAAGCUCAGAGAAGAACAUUCAGACUGGGAAUUUGGAGAGACAUGGCUGUUUUUUGGUUGUCGGCAUCAGGAUCGAGACUAUUUGUUCAAAGAUGAACUCAAAUGUUUUCUUGAAAAUGGCACAUUAACCCAUCUUAAGGUUUGUUUCUCAAGAGACUCUACAACUGCAGAAGUAGCCCCACCUAAAUAUGUGCAAGAUGUCAUUAGGCUUUAUGCUAAGGAAAUUGCCAGAGUCCUGCUCAAAGAGGGAGGUUACUUCUAUGUAUGUGGAGAUAAGAAGCACAUGGCUGAUGGUGUAAGCGAUGCUGUAGUGGACAUUUUAAGUAUGGAAAUGGAAACUGACAAAUUGGAAGCAAUGAAAAUCCUGGCCACACUUCGAGAAGCAAAACGCUAUUUGCAGGAUGUUUGGAGCUAAAUAUUUGCCUUUUCCUAUGCCUUUGUGACACAAGAAAAUGCAUUUCACACAUACUCUUUUUACUAAAUUUAUUGCCAAGUUGCUGUCUGUAGUCACACAAAUAUUAAUUUUCCCUGUGAACCUUUCAGUCAGGAAUAUGAAACCUUUUAAAUGACAACCAAGGCUGCCUUCUGAACCAUGUGGGGUUUUUAAUUCUGUUAAAUAGUAGACUUCAGUGCCUUGAUUCUCUCAUUUGAAGAUCGGUUUCAUGUAGAAAGUAAAAACUUCUGCACUUUACAAGUAUAAUUGUAUUUUUACAUUAUAUCAUGUAUUUUUUCCUGUAAUGUGUACAUAAAGCUACAGAGUAAAUAUGUUACGCACUGAUCUGUGCAUCAUCAAAUACAUUACUGACUCGCUGACAUUUAUUUGAACUCUUCCUGAGAUUACUUAGAUUUUUUUCAGCUUGCACUAUGGCAGUAUGGCAGUAGCCCCCAAAAGGCAUGAAUGUUCAGAAUGUUGCACAGAAAGGCAACUGCAGGAUUUCUGAAGUUUUCUUUAAAUACUGAGCUUUUUCAUUCUGUCAUUACAUCAUAUUUCAGAGUUUUGCUAUACUCCAAACUAAUCCUUAGUGGGUUUUCCUCUUAAUUCUUUUGACAUUAUUUUCAUUCCUGUCUCUGAAAUAUUUGUGGUCUAAUUUAUGAGCAGACUUAAUAGUUCUGUUGAAUUUGGUUGCUGGUUAGUAAAUGCUUUCUCAGUUUAUUAAACUAUUUAUUUUAAU